UCUUUGUGUCUGAUCUUAAUAGUCUCUGUUUUACUAUGCUUGUUCUCGUUUUGGGCUGUUUGAGCUGGCUUGCCUUGAUGAAUGAGAUACUCGCAGGACCGCUAGUUACUUGGCUACUCGUUGUCCGUUUGUUUUUCCUUGUCGGCUGUCUUCCUACGGAAUUGUUCCUGGAAUUGUGUUGCUUAAGACAAAGUAUACGAUAUUCGUAGUUUAUCAUUCUUUUAAAAUUUCUCGUUCUGGCUUUUGACAAAUUUUUGGAAAUACCUAAAAGGCUUAACUUAUAUUAUUCUGUUAUGGUAAUGCUGUUUAAAAUUGGAAGUUGUUAGGUGCAGGCUUUGAGCCUAUUCAACCAACUAGUCAAAAGGUUGAUGAGGAAGAAAGCGGGUGCUCAAAACAUAUCAAUGGUUGUGUGUGAUAUGCCAAUGAAAAAGAACAGAUAAGUCAUUCAUAAGAGCUUAUGGAUAAAUAUAGAUGAGGCCAAGUUGUAAAAGGAUAUUCAAGUUAAAAAUUUUUUAUUAAGCUUUACAGUAAAGCUGACAAGGUCUGGAACUAGUGGUAAUGGGCUCCCCUGUAAUGCACGCUUUUAACUCUUAAAGAUGAGUUUUCUGUGUCAAGUCAGAACCAAAAUCUGUGCUGACUAGAUAUAGUUCUAUGUUUUUAACUAACUAUAAACAUAAUUUGUUGUGUCGAUUAAACAUUUCCGAUGAACUAGAUUUGGUUUUCUUAUGCACUCUGAUUAAAUCUUUGGACGUUGAUAUGCAUGCGAUUUUCUUUUAUUGAAACUGUGGGACUUUUCUAUAUUUGCCAUGUCCAAACUAAGUCGAAGCCUUACAGUACAGCUGUAGAUGUUUAUGGAUAUUUUACUAGCGAAAAAGAUGUUGCAUUCAUGAUGAUGUACAUAUAUAACUGCAUGUCAUUUGUUAACGUAUCUUUCUUCUGACUGGGUAAAAAAGAGUAAAUUGGUGUGCAAUGAAAUUCCAGGAUGCACAAGAGAACAUGAGAUGGAUCCAGAAGAAUACUUGCUGAAGUGUUCCAAUAUGAAAUGCCAAAGGGUUCAAGUGGAUGGAUCAUUUGUUCCUGCUAUUCAAGAUGAAUCAACGGAAGUUGAACAUUUGCUUGCAGAACCUAGAAAUGAUCAUGUUUCAGUGGAUGGUAUUUUGUAUUUUCAUGAGGAGAAUGCAGGCAAAUGCUGUGCUGCUGUUGAUGAUCUUUCCCGUGGAUUUGAGUUUGGUCUAAGUACAAGCAUAGGGGGAUCAGAUUCUCACACAACUUUGAAUGGAAAAGAUGAUUUGAAACUUGAGGUACUUGAUGGGUUGCUGGAUGAUGUUGAAAUUGAUGCUCUUAAUGCGACAGAUGGGUUUUCGUGUGAAGAUUAUCUUUUGGAUUUUGAAUUUGCUGACAAAGCUGUGGGUCUUUGUGGGGAAUCACUAGUGCAAAGUUCAAGCUCUGAGAGUCAUUCUCCAGGAUUAAGUGGAAGUAGCAAUGGUGUUGGUGGGGUACCUGAAUCAUCAAAAGUGGCCAUUGAACAAUCUGAGUACAAAAAUGUUUUUCUAGAUAGUAGAGUAACCCAUGACUUACGUGGUGCCUCCAGGAACAGUGCCUGUCAAACGUCAAUUGAAGAUGGAAUUUGCAAUUCACUUGAUAUGCAGCAUCUAAAUGAGUUGGAUAAUGACCCCCCCUUAUCAAAUAGUGUAUUGUCUCGUAAGAAGGAUAAGGUUUCUGCAGAUGAAUGUCAAACUGCUGCAGUUAGAGAGAAGAGAUGCCGUAAGCCUACUCUGAGGUAUAUCGAAGAAUUUUCAAAUUUAAGUUCAAAAGAAAAGGUCUUGAAUUCUGCAACCAAUAAUAAGCCCUUGAGUUUGGUAUCACAUCACAAGCUUCGUCGUAUAAGGUUUAGAGCAUUGAGACACAUUCCAGGCAAGAAUUCUGAUAGUCAAACGAGUGAUAUGGCGCUUCCUGAGUUGCAGGUUCACAAGCGAUGUCUGCAAAAUGAGGAACUUGAGUAUGAUGAGGAGUCUAUUGCAUCUGAGUCCGAGGAUGAAUGCGUGACACCAAAAAGAUAUAGGAAAAAUGAUCGGAGGAAGCAUCAAAGAAUGUGGACUUUAUCUGAAGUGAUCAAGUUGGUUGAUGGCAUUUCUGAAUAUGGAGUUGGACGAUGGACCGACAUAAAGCGUGUUCUGUUUUCAUCCUCCAGUUACCGUACACCAAUAGAUCUUAGGGACAAGUGGCGGAAUCUGUUAAGAGCCAGUUCAGCACAUAAAUUUAACAGCAAAGAGACUGAACAAAAGCAGCAGCACGCCUUGCGUUCCUUACCAAGUUCUGUACUUCGCCGUGUCUAUGAACUGGCUAAGAUUCACCCGUAUCCGAGGGAGCGUAAUCCGAACGAAUCAUCUGCGGGCCAACUUAGCUCCUCUAUCCUUCCAACUCGGACGAAAGACAGUCCUAGCAAAAGAAAUGUACGUAGGAAGAAGUGUACUUAAAUACUAGUAAUUCACUUCUGUGUAUAGACGAAGUGUAUCCAA